AUGAAGCUGGUGAUUCGACGGUACCGUCCCUCAGAUAAGGACACAGUGCUGACCUUAUUCAGCAAUGGCGUUGUAGAGCAAAUCAGCCCAUGUUUUUACAAUGCUAUGACCAGCCCUCUGUACCUCAGCAUCACCCUGGGCCUCUGUGCUGCUGGCUACCUCCUGGGCUCAAUCUUAGGAGCCGUGGUGUUAGUUGGAGGAUGGGUGGCUCUGAUCUAUUUUUCCUGCCACAAGCUCUAUACCCACUACAUCAGAGAGAAAAUUCGGACAGACAUGCAGGACAUCCCUGGGAACUUUAUGACCAGACCGGACGACUGCUUCUUUGUAGCUGAAGCUGAGGUCAGCGGGAGGUCCCAGGUGAUUGGCACGGUGGCUAUUGUGGCAAAACAGAGCGGGACAGAAAGGUAUGGGGAACUGUUCAGGAUGAGCGUCUCGUCAUCGUGCCGACGGGCAGGUCUGGCUUCCAGGAUGACCCAGGCAGUUAUUGACUUCUGCAGGGAACGAGGCCUCCCCAAGGUGGUCCUGCAAACCACCUCAACCCAGGCUGCUGCUGUGGCCCUUUAUGAGAAGCUGGGAUUCCUCCGCAUCUUCUCACAGCCAACAUUGAGUUUUCCAUACUGGAUGAUUAUUUUGAGCAGAGUCAAGAUUGUCAAAAUGGAAAAAUGCAUAUAG